AUGCAACUUCUAACUCUUUUGUUGUUUGCUUUUUUGGUCACUAUUUCGAAUGCGAUAAUUUCGUGUGAAGUGUGUGAAAAUGACUCGGAUUGUGGAGGAAAGCAAUGCAUUUUCCAGAUUUGUGAUUGCACGAGUCGUUUCAUGAAAUCUUUCGAUCGAGGCUGUCCACGAAACUGGAAACGUUGCGGACCGAAUAACAUUUGUCGACCAGCCAAUGAUUAUACGAUCACCGAUGGAGGCGAGCUGAAUCGGAACUCGCAAUUCACGCGUAUCGGCUCGAGAUCAGCGAUUCCUUUCAAGAAGGAGGGAUGUGCCACCACGAAAUAUAUUGCCAUUUACCGAAUGCACAACGGAAGACUCGAGUUCGUUGAUAUUAGACUUGGC